CUUUAGUUGUUGGCCAAGUGUCGUGCUGUUUGAUUGAAUUAAAGAAAAAUAACGCGUUUUAACAAAAAAAGACAACGUUAGCCCCCAAUAGAAACAAACAGAAAAAAACCUAACGUUAUAUUAACAAAAUAUAAUUACUAGAAUUAGGAAAAAUUAUUUUGCCCAAAACAAGCUUAAGUUAAGAAAAAUCUAGAAAAAGCCUUAAAAGCUUUUCAAAUAACUACCGUCGGUAUAUGAUUGCAAAAAGCUCUUGAUGUAGUGUUCAGUGUUUAAACAAAAUUAAAUUUAUCAAUUUAAUAAAAAUCGUUUAAAACAAGUAACAAAUUCCUUUUAAAUUUAUGGAAUAAGUGCAAUUUUCUUUAAAAAAAUCCUUUUUUUUUUGUAAAGGCUAAUUUUAUGUUUAAAAAAAUAAGUUAAAGGAUUUCAAAAAGUUUCUUUUUUUUUGUAAGAGUAACAAACAAACAACAAAAGUUCCUAGCAAAAUGGAUAUGUCUAGUGCGAAUUCUUUGAAUAUGCGGCCCCUAUUUGCGGGUUAUCCCUUUCAAGGUCAGGGUCGUGUUAAUCAACUAGGCGGUGUCUUUAUCAACGGUAGACCGCUACCCAAUCAUAUACGUUUAAAAAUCGUAGAAAUGGCCGCUAGUGGUGUACGACCCUGUGUUAUAUCCCGUCAACUGCGGGUAUCACAUGGUUGUGUUUCGAAAAUAUUAAAUCGUUAUCAAGAAACGGGCUCCAUAAGACCGGGUGUUAUAGGCGGCUCAAAACCCAAAGUAACCUCACCCGAAAUAGAGAGUCGCAUUAAGGAAAUGUGUAAAGCUAAUCCGGGUUUAUUCAGUUGGGAAAUACGCGAGAAACUUAUAAAGGAAGGUUUUACAGAUCCGCCCUCAACAUCAUCGAUAAGUCGCUUGUUAAGGGGUAACGAUCGCAGCAGUGAUGAUGGACGUAAAGAUUAUAGUAUACAUGGCAUAUUAGGCGCCAGAGAUUCCGAUUUAAGUGAUACUGAAUCUGAGCCCGGCAUACCGUUGAAACGUAAACAACGAAGAUCAAGAACUACAUUUUCGGCCGAUCAGUUAGAGGCUUUAGAAAGAGCUUUUGCUCGCACUCAAUAUCCUGAUGUUUAUACCCGCGAAGAAUUGGCUCAAUCUACGCAACUAACAGAGGCUCGCAUACAGGUGUGGUUUAGCAAUAGAAGGGCACGCCUGCGCAAACAUUCGGGUGGUGGUGGUGGAGGCAGCAUGAAUGGUGCUAUGGCGGCGUCGGGAGUUAGUAACUCUGCAGCUGCUUCGACGGGAGCCAGUGGCUCUACGCCCUUAGGUUUUGGUCCCUUAGCUAUGAGUUCCAUGGGUUAUAGUCCGGCAGCCGGAACAACCGCCUCCAGUGGGGGCAUGAAUGACCAGCACAGUGUACAUGCAGCAGCAGCUGCAGCUGCGGCUGCCGCUCAUCACCCAGCCCACCAUCAUCACCAUCCUCACUCACAAAUGGGAGGCUAUGAUUUGAUGGCAGCCCAGUCGGCGCAUCAAGGUUUUGCUGGUAGUUUUCAUAAUACCCAUUUCAGUGGACAGAAUUAUUAUCAUCAAGAUUACUCCAAACUAUCCAUUGAUGACUUUUCGAAACUAACCGCCGAAAGUGUUUCAAAAAUCUCUCCCUCAUUACAUCUCUCGGAUAAUUAUACCAAAUUAGAAAAUCCCUCAAAUUGGUCUCAGGCGGCCGCUUAUCAAACAGCCGCCGCAAAUUAUAAUGCAGCAGCAGCACAUCAUCAUGCACAUGCAGCGGCGGCUACACAACAUUCUCUCAAUGAUUAUGCCGCCGCGGCCAAUGUCUCGCUCACACACAAUAACCCCAUGAACCCAGCAGCUGCCGUGGCAGCUUCAGCCUAUCAACAUCCACUGCCCACUCAAGGGGAUACCAAAUAUUGGAGUUAAUUGAAGUUUAUACAAGUACCCUAUUAAAACCAUAACACUGAUCUUUUUUUCAUUUGUUCAACUUAAGGAGGCAUUAAAUAGUUUUAAUUUUAUUGUAAUUCAAAUUAAAAUUUUUUUAAUUCAGUGUAAUUAUUUAUUACGGAUUUA